AUGUCGUUGGCCAAGCAAAACUUCGCUACUGCCUCUGAGGAAGCUCUCAACCAACAAAUCAACACUGAGUUGCAAGCCUCUCAAGUGUAUCUUUCCAUGAGCGCAUGGGCCCAACAUACCUCGGUUGCCCUUCCAGGCUUGGAAAAAUACUUUCGUGAAUCCGCUCAAGAGGAACGUGACCAUGCUCAAAAGCUGAUUGAUUAUGUCAAUACCCGUGGUGGCAAAGUGAUUUUGCGUGCCUUGCAAGCACCUGAGACCGAUUGGAAGUCUGCCAAGAAUGCAGUGGAAGCGGCUCUUCAACUUGAAAAGGAUGUCAACAAGUCAUUGCUUAAUCUCCACAAGAUCUCGGAUGGCAACAAUGAUCCUCAAAUGUGUGACUUUAUUGAAAAGGAGUACCUUGAAGAACAGGUUACUGCCAUCAAGAAAUUGGCUGACAUGGUCACUCAACUCAACCGCGUGGGCGAAGGCCUUGGUGUGUACCUUUGGGACCAACAACUUUACGAUGAUGGUACUGGUGCUGGUAGCCGUGCCAGAGCUUAG